GUGAGUGUAACAGUCUUGACUAACUGUUGUACUUGGAGGUGUAACCCGGAAAACACUCACACACUAAUGUGUGGCUGUGGCAAGGAGUAGAGAGUUUGAAGAAACUGAAGGAUGAUCUGAGGAGCAAAUAUUUAGCAAGAGGACUUUAUUUGAACAAGGAAUAUUUGACUCAUGGAUUGGAUCAAGUGCUUGUUCUAUUCCUGGUCAACUCUGAAUAGGGGCAGCCUCUAAAAAAAGCAACUUCACAGUCAACCAACAAUCAUAAGUUUGCAUUUGCAGCAUUUCAUUCCAGCCCAACACUAUCUCUACCGCACCCGAACAUCAGUCCCACAUGGGCUUAAAAAGCGGUAAAACUCAGAGACAAAUCGUCUGGUCCCACCAGGAUACCUCUUUGUUGAGACUGUGUCCUCUGGAGCGAGCUCCACCAGAAGGACUCUGCUGAGAGACUGUGUCCUCUGGAGCCAGCUCCACUAGAAGGACUCUGUUGAGAGACUGUGUUCUUUGGAGCGAGCUCCACCAGGAGGACUUUGCUGAGAGACUGUGUCCUCUGGAGCGAGCUCCACCAGGAGGACUCUGCUGAGAGACUGUGUCCUCUGGAGCGAGCUCCACCAGGAGGACUCUGCUGAGAGACUGUGUCCUCUGGAGCGAGCUCCACCAGGAGGACUCUGCUGAGAGACUGUGUCCUCUGGAGCGAGCUCCACCAAGGCAUUGACAUGAGGGACCGUCUGGCAGAGCUUCGCCAGAGGGCCCAGGAGUUCCGACAGGCUGGCAGUGAGAAGGACCACAGCCCGUUCCCAGGGGAGGACGAAACAGAGGACCCAGGGCUCGGGGUCAUGGCUCCCCAGGCGGUAAUGUUCGAAGAGGAACCCGUCCUGGAAAACUUCCUGUCCGAGGCCCAGCACAUCCGUGACAACCUCACCGAGCUGGAGACGGAAGUGCUGAAGUUCAGCCAGCAGCAGAAGAGCCUGGUGGCCACCAUGCGUCGCUUCAGUGUGAUGAAGAAGGAGAGCGGUGUGACACGGGACAUCAAGCUGCAGGCUGAGAGUCUACAUCGACGUCUAGAAGCCCUCUCCAAGCAGGCAGAACGCACAGAGGCACAGCACGGGCCGGCUGCAGCCGUGACACGAAUCCAACAGUCCCAAAAUGCAGCACUGCAUAGACGCUUCCAACAGGUGAUGCGCCAGUACAACGACAGCCUGCUGACCAAGCAGGAGCGGUGUAAACACUUCAUCGUUCGGCAGCUGGAGGUGUCUGGACGUGUGGUCACUGAGGAGGAAGUAGAUGAAAUGGUCGCUACGGGGAAGUGGGAUGUCUUCAACGAGAAUUUGCUGAACGAUGCCAAGAUAACCAGAACACAGCUGUCUGAAAUCGAACAACGUCAUAAGGAGCUACUGAACCUGGAGAGCAACAUGAAGGAGCUGAAGGAGCUGUUCAUGGAUGUGUUCCUGCUGGUGGAGGAGCAGGGGGGCUACAUCGACCACAUCCAGACCAACGUAGAGAAGACCCAGGACUACGUGGUGGUCACCAAUGAGAAGUUCAAGCUGGCCGCCAGGUACAAGAAGAAGAACCCACUGAGGCAGCUCUGCUGCUGCUGUUGUCCACCCUGGAAGUGCUGCCUGUAGGGAAUAUCCAACCGUUGCUCCUAAAGUUUCUCCUCAUUGUAAAUGGUUGCUGUGAGCCAGGCUCACACAAGUUGGGGAUGUUCAGAAAGGCUGGACAUCCCCGCCGUAGGGUUGUUGUGGACAGACCAUUAGGCCCCCGAGCCAGGAACGGAGUAGAGGACUACUGGACCAGAGAUGCAGUAGGGUGCUGACAGUGGUCAGAAGUGUAAGUCAGAUGAGAAGAAAUCAGUCUUCACAGAGGAUACUGGACUCAGAGAGACUGUGCAUAUGACAUUUUCAGUCUUUCUAAACUGUUCGGUAAAAACAAUUGAUGGGGGACAACAAGGACAAGAGGCUAAAACGUCUUUGUUGAUUGCUCAGCAAACAAAAUGGUUCAUUCCAUGUUAUACAGUAGAAGUCCAUGAUCUUGAAAUGCAAAUCUUUUUCAGAAAUUGUAUUGUAUGAUUACAGUAAUAAAAAAAGCAUAUAUGGCACAUUAUAGCAAAUAUUAAAAAAAUAUUACACUUUUUUUUGCCAUACAUGUGCACACUUUUGGAGGUUUUUAAUCUCAAACCAGCCAUUUACUCGGUUUUUGUGACCAUUCUCAUGAGACAUUUCACUAUUUCAAAAAUUAUAAAGA